AGCUCCGCAUGGUUGUGAUGUGUAUUUGUGCGUGUAUAAUACGAUGAAAUUGUCGAGUAAAAUUGUUGUUUCGGGAAGAUAACAAUUGUGUACAAAUCCCUUUGUUUACGUACGUGUUUCGCUAUGACGGGCGUCCUAUUUACUUUAUCGCUGUUUAGUGUGACCGUUAUAAGAGCAACCACAAUACCUACAACAGCAGCGGAGCUCUGUGAAAAGGCACCACCCCACGCGCAGCCGGCUGACGCUUAUUAUAAGCUCGGAGUUGCUGGAGACCCUGAUCUGUUUCUUCCUGGUGAACUCUAUACUGUGUCUCUACAAGGCGUGGACAGUGGUCAAGGUCCAACGCCUUUUAUAGGGUUUACAAUAUGGGCUGAAUUAGAAGAGGUCACUACGGAAGUUGAUAAAGUAGCUGCUAUUACGACGCCUUUAUCCAAUCAAUCUCUAGGGACUUUUCAGGCAUAUGAUGCCCACGCCAAGUUACAUGAAUUUUGUAAACCUGGCGUAGAAAAUGCAACUGCUCAUUCCAAAACAGAAAUUCAGGUAAUAUGGAGUGCCCCAGCUAACGCAGCUGACAUAUGCGUUCGACUGUGUGCGCUAGCAAACCAAGGAGAAAACAAAACUACCCCGUCAAUAUUGGCCAGGAAGUUGUGUGCUGCUCCAGCAGCUCCGGCGAGUUUUACCAGGCAGCCUCCCAUAGUUGAACCGUGUUGUGCUUGUGAUGAGGCUAAAUACGAGGUUACUUUUGAAAGCAUAUGGUCUAGGAAUACGCAUCCACGAGAGUUUCCACCGGAAUCAGCCAGAGCACAUUUUAGCGACUUAAUAGGGGCAUCGCAUACUGCUCGAUUCAGAGUUUGGCAAGAAGGACGACUAGCUACUAUGGGUUUACGGCGGCUGGCAGAUGACGGAACUACCACAGCGCUUGAAAAAGAGUUAAAGGGUGAAAGUGACCAUAUACGAACGAUUAUCAAAGCCCGUGGUAUCUCCUGGCAACAAGUGGCCGGUCGCGCCGGAAUACCAAACACUUUUGCUGUAUUCCGUGUUGAUGCGAAACAUCACCUAGUGUCUCUCGCUGCUAAACUCGCGCCUUCUCCUGACUGGAUUGUGGGAGUAUCUGCACUUGAAUUGUGUAAUGUUAACUGCACGUGGAGGACAUCUAUCACCUUGCCUUUGUAUCCUUAUGACGCUGGAACUGAUAGUGGACUUGGUUAUACGUCUCGUCGACAACCAACCGUACCACCAGCACCAGUACGCGCUCUUCGACCAGACUGGCCUCGAGAUGUUCGCUCGCCCUUCUUCAGCACCACUGGGGAAAUGCGUCCAUUUGCCAAGCUACGACUUACCCGCUUACGUCUGUAUGAGAAGAGUUGCGAUAACUCAGAUACCGGUAACAAUCAAGAAUCGCGUGGCAGUAAUGGUGGGGCUUGUGCUUUACACGCAUGGGGCGAAUGGGGCCCGUGUAGUGUUACUUGCGGGUUGGGUCGAAAGACGAGGCAGCGCCAUUAUGUGUUCCCGGCACGGGCCAAUGCUGAAGCUUGCCGCGCUCCGCUUACGGACUACAGUAGCUGUUACGGGCCUAGAAGACAUUGCAGGGCUGUAUCCGAAUACGAACCAGACCCAGCCGAGGCAACAGGACCGUGUGCGGUGUCGGAAUGGUCAGAGUGGUCACCAUGCGAGGGCUGUGGUGUGCGCGCGCGCACCCGGGAAUACUUGGUACCGCGUGCGCGUAAGCGCUGCCACGUCGGCUUCCGCGCAAGAAUGGUCAUGAGUCAAGCCAUGCCAUGUGACGCCGGGCCAUGCGAAAGACCAGUUGGCGCUCUAGAAAACUCUACAAAUUUCGAUUGGUUUUUCGUGGAUAUUCCGAGGGGCGAGUGCGCUGUAUCUGCAUGGAGCGACUGGUCGCCGUGUUCGGCGCAGUGCGGGCGUGGCCGGCGUCUACGCACUCGCGUGUAUCUCACACGGGAUGCUCGUGUGCAGCAGCAACUCUCGCGCCGACUUCUGCACGACUGGAGCCUGUGGUAUGCGAGGCUACGGGAACUGGACAUGUCGGUGGAAAACAUAACAUCGGACGACCCUGAGGUAGAAUCACAAGUGGAGAAACACCUAGAAAGGUGUCAGUUCACAUUGACGCAACAGGAGGCCCUGUGCGACGCACUCGACAACACUUGUCAGAACACCACUUUGCCACCAGAAUAUGUGUGCACACUUCCGGCAUCAGUGGGUCCAUGUCGAGCAUAUGUCGAGCGUUGGUUCUACGACGCGAUGAAAGCGGUCUGCGAGCCUUUCGGGUUCACUGGAUGUGGUGGAAAUGCUAAUAAUUUCCCUACUGAGGAGGAAUGUCAACGAAAGUGUAAAGGAAUUAUCAACGUCGCUACCACUCCUGAUUCUGCUAUCUCCACUGCUGCUGUGGCGCCCGCGCCUGAAAUGAGCACAAAAAAAGUGAAAACUACACAGUCGCCGGCCGACAAUGAAGUAUUGCAGAACGACGCACCUGGACUACAGGACGUGGACUGCGAGAUAGGCCCGUGGCUCGGCUGGAGUAACUGUUUUGGUGAAUGCAACUUUGCCAUCAAACUCAACUACCGUCGAAUUGUGCGCCGCAACUCUGGAACUGGUAACAAAUGCCCUAAAUUGAUAAAAAGUCGCACGUGCACACCUGACCUGUGUAAUCACACCUUUACCGUCACACCGACGCCGAAUGACGGUUUUAAUGUCGAACUUCAUUAUGAUGACGAUUGAAUUUUUAUGACGAAUUUUACGAUUUAAUUAAAUUUUAUUAUUCAUAUUUCCGAAAAUUAAUUGUUAUUUUUUAGUAUCAGAAUCGUAGUAGGCUGUAUUGUAUUAAUUUUAGACCCUGAAACGUAGUUAUAAGUUUGAUUUUUGACAUGAAUUUGUUGUCAGCGUUAAAGAUAGAGGCAAGUUAUAAAAUUGUAUAAUAACUUUGAUCUUUAAUAAUAAGUUGUUGACACAGCCAAUAAAUUUUCAAAAUAAAGUAUU